GAUGAGACGCUGAAAUUGUUGAAAGAGCUAACAAGUAGAAAAUCUCUUCAAGUGCCAAAUAUCUAUUACCAUUUGCCUCAUUUGUUGAAAAAUGAAGGAAGCCUUCAGCCUUCUGUGCAGGUUGGCCUUGGAAGGACGGGAGUUUCCAUUGUAAUGGGAAUACCUACAGUGAAAAGGAAAGUCAAGUCUUACCUUACAGAAACUCUCCACUCACUUAUUGAUAAGCUGUCCCCUGAAGAAAAACUGGAUUGUGUCAUGGUUGUCUUUAUAGGAGAGACUGAUCUUGAUUAUGUAAACGGUGUCGUUGCAAGCCUGGAAAAAGAGUUUUCUACUGAGAUCAAUUCUGGCUUGGUGGAAGUGAUAGCCCCUCCUGCCACUUACUAUCCUGACUUGUCCAACUUGAAAGAGACGUUUGGAGACUCCAAAGAGAGAGUGAGAUGGAGAACAAAACAAAACUUGGAUUAUUGUUUUCUUAUGAUGUAUGCCCAGAAAAAGGGAGUUUAUUACAUCCAGCUUGAAGAUGACAUCGUUGUCAAGCAGAAUUAUUUCAGCACAAUAAAGAAUUUUGCACUCCAGCUCGCUUCUGAAGAUUGGAUGAUUCUGGAAUUUUCUCAGCUGGGUUUCAUUGGUAAAAUGUUCCAGUCUCCAGAUAUCACUCUUAUUGUAGAGUUCAUAUUUAUGUUUUAUAAGGAGAAACCUAUCGAUUGGCUCCUGGACCAUAUCCUCUGGGUGAAAGUGUGUAACCCUGAGAAAGAUGCUAAACAUUGUGACCGACAGAAGUCUAACCUGCGGAUCCGCUUCAGGCCAUCCCUCUUCCAGCACGUUGGACUCCACUCCUCUCUGGCAGGGAAGAUCCAGAAACUCACAGAUAAAGACUUCCUGAAACCAUUACUGCAUAAAAUCCACGUGAAUCCUCCUGCAGAGGUUUCGACAUCUUUAAAAGUCUACCAGGGGCACACGCUAGAAAAAACCUACGUAGGGGAAGAUUUUUUCUGGGCUGUCACACCAGUUGCUGGAGAUUAUAUUCUCUUUAAAUUUGACAAGCCAGUCAACGUAGAAAG